AUGUCCGAUCCCUCCUCCAUAGAGCUGGACAGUGAACCUCUGCUCGGCGCCGCGGGCGCACGUCCCGUAGCUAUGAGCCAUCGACAAGUCAAAUCCGAAUUUUUCGGCGCGACAGCUCUCGCCGCCUGCGUCUUUUGCACUAUCAUCAGCAUUGGCCUGGUCUUUAUCCCCUCUCGCAGCUUUGAUGGGACGCCCGGGCGAGGAUCUGGAGUCCCUCUACCCAGACCCAAUCAAUACAUCGGCUUUGAGCUGAUCAACCGAAGCGUCUUAAAUGAGACUCCGCCAGACCCGAUCGUGAAUCAGGCCUCCUUCAUCCAACAAAUCAAUAGAGCACGUCCGAAGGAAGUGAUGUAUAUGGGUCCAUCGGAGCAAUUCACGAAGAUAGGCAGCCUGAGCGUCCUCGACCGGCGCAUACUAGUCAACACUGAGAACAGCACCGUCGUCCAAUACCAUGCAGGUGAUUAUGGAAUGGAAAACUGCCAGCUUAUCGUGGACAUCUGCCAAACUCCGCAUCCUGCGGGGGUACAUCCCGAGCCUGACAGAUCGACCUUGCCAACAUCGGUCGUGGACGUCUGGAGGCUCGAUUACGCAUCUGCGUACCCCUUGGAUUCGACAUCGCUCACCUGGCGCUCCCGCCCUCGCCGCAUCGGUGACGUGCCGUUGGCGAGCAUGACAUUCUCAGAGAACUGCACUGCUGCCACACCGAUUUUCCGUUGCCCUUCCGACACGAUGCAAUCAUUUGAAAUCACCUGCGCGACGCCGGACUGCCACCUCGAUUUUUGGCAGACCGGUAGAGACCAGUCACCCGCUGCAUAUAUGAUGCAGUUUUCGUCGUUAUGA